AUGUCAUUGGUAACUACUGCAAUUGAGCAUUGGCUUCUUAAUGCUUUGCGUAAUGCUAACAUCAAUGCCGUUUUUCCUGACUCGUACUGGCCUAAACAAUUAAUAAGAUUUACAAAUUCAGCAUUGGAAUUUGAUAGUAGUCAAUCAUAUAGCAAAAGACUUGAUGUGCCAGUCGGAUCAGCUGUAUGUUUUGAGCCAGGCGAAACAAAAACAGUCACAUUGACUUUAUUAGAAAAGGGCUUUAACCAUAACCUACAACAACAACUUGCUUCAUCAUCAUCAUGUAAUCCAUAUACUAUUAACAGAAGAGCCUAUUCUGAUAUUUUUGGUCCAACAACAGGGGAUAAAGUUAGCUUGGGUAAUACUAAUUUAUGGUUAGAUAUUGAGAAGGAUUAUAUCAAGUAUGAUGGUGAGUGUAAAUUUGGCGGUGGUAAAGUGUUGAGAGAGGGUCUUGAGCAAGAUCGCAACAUUGAUAAAGCAUCCAGUCGAUUGUGGUACAAAUAUAUUGUACAAAUUACCUGUCCUCCUGAGACCAGUACCGCCGAAGAUUCAUUCCAUGGGUUUUGGGACGCACUUAUUGUCAAACCUUUUAAAUUGGAUGUCCAGACGGAUCACACAACAGAAACACGUCUCGUCACACUUACACAAGACAAUGAUCUUUCGUAUUUGGUAUUGGAUGCUUGUCUUAAUCAAGUUCCUUUCAUUGAUUACUUCAACUACGUCAAUACGGAGGAAGGAUCAACUCCAUUCGUGAUUUUUUCACCAAAGGGUAUAGCAUAUAAGCCACGAUCAAAGGAACAACUAAUCAAAGCAUUGUAUUGUGUUUUGACCGCCCUUAAGGAUAGCAUGUUAAAGUUCAUAGAUCGAGAAAUUUGGUUCACCGUCGAUUUCGAUGAUGCGUGCCAUGCUCCUUCAAACAAACGAUUAGCUACAGGAAGUCAUGUACCCGAGAUUUUCAAAUCCCAUCACAAUGAGGGUGUUAAUAUUUGGUCUGUUGGACAUUUGAUUCCAACAGCCUCUGUUGAGCUUCAAGGAUCAGAUAAUUGA